GAUGACGUAAUGACGUAGGCAGAAGAAACUCGGAGAGAAAUGGCGACGCUGCUGCAGCCAGAAAAAGUGCUUUAUCUCGUCCGCGGCGAGAAAAAGAUCCGCGUUCCGCUCUCUCAGCUGUAUUUCUGCCGAUACUGCAGUGAACUGCGGUCUUUGGAGUGCGUGUCACAUGAAGUCGAUUCCCAUUUCUGUCCCAGCUGUCUGGAGAACAUGCCAUCAGCUGAGGCCAAACUCAAGAAGAACAGAUGUGCGAACUGCUUCGACUGCCCGUGCUGUAUGCACACGCUCUCCACACGGGCCACCAACAUCCCUGCACCACUGCCAGAUGAUCCCACUAAGACCACCAUGAAGAAGGCCUACUACCUGGCCUGUGGAUUCUGCCGCUGGACUUCGAGAGAUGUAGGCAUGGCUGACAAAUCUGUGGCCAGUGGAGGAUGGCAGGAACCUGAAAACCCUCAUACUCAAAGGAUCAACAAGCUGAUCGAGUAUUAUCAGCAGCUGGCCCAGAGAGAGAAGCUGGAGAGAGACAGGAAGAAGAUGGCGAGACGACGGCCGUUCAUGCCACAGGCGUUCUCGCAACACACUAUUCACGUGGUGGAAAAGUAUGGACUAGGAACCAGACUACAGAGACAGAGAUCUGGAGCCCCGAUCAGUGCCCUCUAUGGCCUUUCAUUAAAAGAAGGAGAGGACCAGAAGGAGAUCACUAUAGAGCCGGCGCAGGCUUUGGAUGAAGUGGAGCCUCUGCCUGAAGAUUAUUACACCCGCCCUGUCAACCUCCCUGAAGUCACAACUCUUCGUCAGCGGCUGCUUCAGCCUGAUUUCCAGCCUGCAGGAGCUUCACAGCUUCACCCCAGACACAAACAUCUGCUGAUGAAGCGCUCUCUGCGCUGCAGGAAAUGUGAGCACAAUCUGAGCAAACCAGAGUUUAAUCCAACCUCGAUAAAGUUCAAAAUCCAGCUUGUGGCAGUAAGCUACAUUCCCGAAGUCAGGAUCAUGUCCAUUCCUAACUUGCGUCAUAUGAAGGAGAGUCAGGUUUUGCUAACUCUGACUAACCCAGUGGAGAACAUCACUCGUGUGUCUCUGUACACCUGUGAAGAGGAAGACCCAGAUGACAUCAACAGCACCGCUAAGGUGCUGGUGCCCUCGAAGGAGCUGGUGCUGGCAGGGAAAGAUGCUGCUGCAGAGUAUGAUGAGUUGGCAGAACCACAGGGCUUUCAGGACGAUCCAGAUGUGGUGGCCUUCAGAAAGUCCAAUAAGAUCGGCUUCUUCAUCAAAGUGAUUCCGCAGCAGGAGGAGGGAGACGUCACUGUUGCUUUCAAACUCCGACAUGACUUCCGGAACCUGGCAGCUCCCAUCCGGCCCACUGAGGAGGGAGAGACCACCGCUGAGGCCAUCUGGCUCACGCACCAUGUGGAGCUCAGCCUGGGCCCACUGGCAACCUGAACACACACAAACAACAACGUAAACUCUUACACAAAAUUACAUAAACACACACACCCAACUCUCACACACAUACACAAAAACAAAUAAACACACGCAACAACAUAAGCUCUCACACAUAAAACAACAUGAACUCUCACACACAAUAACAUAAACACACACACACACACACACACACACACACCAUGCGGAGAUCAGCCUGGGCCUGCUAGCAUCCUGAACACACACAAACACAACAUAAACACACACACACACACACGUGGAGAUUAGCCUGGGCUCACUGGCAACCUGAACACACACAUUAACAUAAACACACAAACACCCAUGUGAAGCUCAGCAUGGGCCUACUGCUAGCCUAAACACACACACGGAGCUCAGCGUGGACCUGCUGCCAACCUGAACACACACACAACAACAACAUAAACUCUCACACACAAUAACAUAAACACACACACACACACAGAACAGCAUAAACUCUCUCAGACACACACACACACACACACAAACAACAACAACAACAUAAACUCUCUCACACACAUGGAGCUCAGCCUGGGCCUGCUGGCAACCUGAACACACACACAUACACACACACACA